CGCUGGCCGCUCCGCCGCCCGGACCGGGCCGGGCCGCCGCCAUGCUGAGCCGGCUCGGGGCGCUGCUGCAGGAGGCCGUGGGGGCGGGGCACCCGAGUCACCUCAUCACCUCCGCGGCCGCCUCUAGCCCGUGUCCCUGCUCUCUCUGCAGCGGGAGCCCAGCAUCGACCUGCUCGAGGCCUUCGUGGAGCACUGGAAAGGCAUCACACACUACUACAUCGAAAGCACAGAUGAAAACACCCCCGUCAAGAAGACAGACAUCCCCUGGCGGCUGAAGCAGAUGCUGGACAUCCUGGUGUACGAGGAGCGGCAGCAGGCGGCCGCCAGCGAGGCCGGGCCAUGCCUGGAGUACCUGUUGCAGCACAAGAUCCUGGAGACCCUGUGCACGCUGGGCAAGGCCGAGUACCCACCGGGCAUGCGGCAGCAGGUGCUCCAGUUCUUCAGCAAGGUGCUGGCUCAGGUGCAGCACCCGCUCCUGCACUACCUCCACGUCCACAGGCCGGUGCAGAAACUCCUCCGGCUUGGCGGGGCCGCGCCCGGGUCCCUCACGGAGAAGGAGGAGGUGCAGUUCACCACCGUCCUCUGCUCCAAAAUCCAGCAGGAGCCAGAUCUGCUCACGUACAUCCUGGAGGGUAAAAAGAUGGUCAGCGGGAAGAAAGCAUCCAGAGAGACCACCGCCCUGCCCAGCACGGCGGCCAGCGCCAGGGACCAGCCCGCGCCCAGCCCGGCUCCCGACAGGACUUCCCGCGGGGCCUGGGCCGGGCCCCCUCGGCCGCCCGCAGAGACGGAUGAGCCGGACGGAGGGGCCGGGGACAGCAGCCUCGUCACCUCCCUGCUGGGCCUGUGCAGGAGCAAGAAAGGCCGCGUGGCCCUGAAGGCCCGCGAGAACCUGCUGCUUCUGCUGAGCCUGGCCUCCCCGGAGGCUGCCACCUACCUGGUGCACAGCCGGGCCUGCUGCCCCGCCCUCGCCGCCCACCUGGGCCAGCUGUACCAGGCCCUGCCCGCCUUCCUGGACCCCGCGGACGUCGCUGCUCUAGAGGGCGUCAGCUGGAGGCUGCCCAGUGCCCCGUCCGACGAGGCCUCGUUCCCUGGCAGGGAGGCCUUGGCUGCCUUCCUGGGCUGGUUUGAUUACUGCGACCACCUCAUCCUGGAGGCGCACCCGGUGGUGGCAGACGCUCUGGCCAAGGCUGUGGCUGACAAGUUGCUGGUGGAAAUUCUGCAGCCGCAGCUGCUGCACGUGUCCGAGCAGGCCCUGCUGACCGCCACCGCGCUGCUCACGGCCAUGCUGCGCCAGCUCCGAGCGCCUGCGCUGCUGCGGGAGAUGGUCGCGUUCCUCUUGGGCCCCGACCAGCCCCCUGCCUCGGCUGCCCCUGACGACAGCCCCCCGACACUGUGCACCCACCUCAUCAGGCACUGUGACCACCUCUCCGAGGAGAUCAGCAUCACCACGCUGCGGCUGUUUGAGGAGCUGCUGCAGAAGCCGGACCCGAGGAUCGUCCACAGCCUGGUCCUGUGCCAUCUCGAGGGCCGCCCCUACGUGGCGCGGGGCUGUCCCGAGCCCGAGAACUACGAGGACACCCUGGAUCUGGAGGAGGACCCCUACUUCUCCGACGGCUUCCUCGACGCCGGCUUCCAGCCCUCGGCCAAGCCUCCGCCCGCCCCGGCCACUAACUCCGACGGCAGAACCGCGGUAACCGAGAUCGUCAACAGCUUCCUCUGCCUGGUCCCCGAGGAAGCCAAGACCUCCGCCUUCCUGGAGGAGACGGGCUACGACACAUACGUCCACGACGCAUAUGGACUGUUCCAGGAGUGCAGCUCCCGCGUCGCCCCCUGGGGAUGGCCCCCGAGUCCCGCCCCCCUGGACCCCCAUGAGCCCGAGCGGCCCUUCUUCGAGGGCGCCUUCCUGCAAAUGCUGUUUGACCGCAUGUCCCGGAUCUUGGAGCAGCCCUACAGCCUGAACCUGCAGGUGACCUCAGUCCUGUCCCGGCUUGCCCUCUUCCCCCACCCCCACGUCCACGAGUACCUCCUGGACCCCUACAUCAGCCUGGCCCCCGGCUGCAGGAGCCUCUUCUCUGUGCUGGUCAGGGUGAUCGGGGACUUGAUGCAGAGGAUUCAGAGGAUACCCCAGUUCCCGGGAAAACUGCUGCUGGUGCGGAAGCAGCUGAUGGGCCAGGUCCCCGGGGAGCACUUGGACCACCAGACCCUGCUCCAGGGGGUGGUGGUGCUGGAGGAGUUCUGCAAGGAGCUGGCGGCCAUUGCCUUUGUCAAGUUCCCCCCGCACGGCCCUCACCUGGGCCUCCCCGCGCCGCCAGAAGGCCACGUCUGAGCCAGCCGCACGCAGGGCAGGGGAGGCUCCAUCCGCGCCUCCGCGCACCUGGCAUGCCAUGACCCCGCGCAGGACAUGACUUGGCUUCGCCCCUCCCUCCGUGAGGCCUGGACUCCCUCGCCCAGGUCCACUCAGCGCCCUGGCCAGACGACCACCCCAGAUGGGGGUGUCAGGCAGUGGGUCUCGUGGGUGCCAGAUACCGAGGUGCCACAGACAGCCUCCUCCCGGGAGCCCCGUGUCCUCGGGGCCUUCGAGGGGGAGCUGGUGCCCGUCCCUGUCGGCCGCUCGUGAGUCAGUGCCAGGGGCACGAAGCGCUGGCUGCUGGCUCCCAGGGUGCUCGUGGCCCACAGGCUCGAGGGCUGUCCGUCACGCCAGGGGCUGUGGGCGCCGCUGAGACGUGAGGCCGGUGCCCGUCCAGCCUUCCUGGCCGAGCCCGUGGGGAGGGGGCUGUGAGGCCGCCGGCCCCUCUUCCUGUCCGGCCCUCCCGGAGACGGUUGCAAAACUUCCAACUGCCUGAUGGCAAAUGCCCAAAGCAUGUUCCGCGCCCAGGCGGGGGCAGCUGCUAAUGAGAACCUUGAUGCAACGAGCCAGGGCGGGAGGGGGCCGGGGGAGCCGGGGGGGCCCGGUGCCAGGCCCCGCUCCAGCUGGUUCGUCUCUGGCGCCUUCUGAACCCGUCUCGGCAGGUCGGUCGCACCUGGGCAGAGGGGUUCAGAGGCCCAGCGGGAGGCCCGGCUUUGCCUGGCGCAUCCGGCCCAGCCCCUGGCAUGGCGGGCCCCAUGGCACAGCUCUGGGGGAGCAGGAUGCCCACCCGUCCACAGACAACCCCCCCAGGCCCUGGCAGUGUGGGGCGGGGGCCCGGCACCCAGGGCCCGGUGUUCUCCACAUGCCCUCCGUGGCUGGGGCGGCCACCCCGCCCCGGCGAAUCUGUCUCGACCUGCGGCAGCACACAGGCGGCGCCAGGCAUUACCUCAGAGCAGGGCCGCAGUUGCUGGCGUGGCUCCUGGGCAAGGAGGAGCAGGCCAGAGCCCCUUUCACUUCCUUUUCCUGCCCAGGCCGCUUCUAGAAGCCGGCCACAGGUUGCCAAGAGGUGACAUGAAAGCAGAGGAAACCCGGUGACCUCUCACGCUCUCCCUCCCUCCUCCAGGGCCCCGCACACGCACGUGCACGCCACCGUGUGCCCCUGUGUGUAUGUGUGUGUGCGUGUGUGUGUGUGUGUGUGUGUGUGUGUGUGUGUGUGUGUGUGUGUGGCGGAGGGUGUCGGGGGGUCCAGAGAAAAGUGCUCAGGCGUCAAACUGCAUCUGGACUCUGGUUGAGAAACUGAGGACCCCGGGGGGACGCUGCCCUCCCCGGCACAUGGGAGCCCGUGCACGCUCCUCAGACAGCCCGGCAAUAAACGGUGUGGUUGCGUGGA